UGCCCACACCCCGUCAUCGUCUUGACUUCAUCCACCCAGGCAGGAAGGAAAAAGGACAACGGAUACCGAACACAGACGAAGACGACGGAAGGAAGAGACGGAAGGAACCAGCAAGCCAAAAAGAGAGCAAGCGAGCAAGAUCGAGAGCAAGAGCGAGAGCAAAGAACAAGAAGAAGAAGAUGUCGUACCUGUCUCUCCCCGCAGGCUUCGCGCCCUUCAUCCACGUAGCGAACUUCACGAUGACGACGACGACAACGACGACAACGAGCACUGUGUUGGCAGGGCCGCUUGCGGGGCCACUUGCAGCGGCGGCGGGCAUGUCCCUGAAGCCCUCGAAGACCGCCAGCUCCGGCUCCGGCUGCCGGCGGGUAAAGCCCGCCCCCAGCGUGCCGCUCGUUGCCAGCACGCCCACGCCCACGCCCACAACCACACCCGUCUUCGCGCCCACAGUUUAUGCCGGCCAUAAACGCGGGCUCCCCGUUGGCUCCGAGGCGUCGGAGCCGAAGCGGCAGCGCCGGUAUGGCGCCUUCCGCCCGCGGAAGCAUUCGCGGGCACGGGUUACCGGGCCCAGGAGCGAGGUUUUUGUUGCCGAGCCCAGGUUCGAUGUGGCCGAGAGCUGUGUGCUGGGCAAGAGAAGGGGGAGGAUCGCGGAUGAGAGGGGGUUGAAGGCUAGGGUACGCGCGGAUGGGAGGUUGCAUUUUGUACUGGCUGGUGAGGAGGAGGGGGGAGAGGAGGAGACUGGGUUCGAGGAGCAGCUUAGGAGGGUGGAGGAGGCGGCGAGGGGGAGGAAGUUGGGGUUGGAGGCUUUUCCCACCGGAAAGGAUGCGGAUGUGCGAGCUGUGUUUGAGCUGGGCAUUCGGGAAGCAGAGACUGCUGUGCCCAUGGUGGCCAUCGUUGAGAAGCCGGUGGUUGAGGAGCCUGUACCGGAGAAAGUAGUGGAGCAGCCAAAACCCACACCCAAAGUCAUCAUAACCCCAUCUUCGCCCACAGAGUCGGUGCACAACGACUGUCCCACGGAGGACGACGAGGACUCGCUGGCGUCGCCGCCGCAAAAGGCGAAAUCGGUGCUUAGCAAGAUCGGCAGCCUCAAGGGCUUCAAGAACGCGGUCACCAAGGCGGGCUCCCGCGUGCUGAAGUGGAAGGAGCGCAAGGAAAAGAAGGAGGAGGAGAAGAAGGCAGCGGCUGAUGAGAAGAAGAUCCGGAAGGCUAAGAAGGCGGAGAAGGUGGAGAAGGCGAAGAAGGAGGUCGAGUCUGAGGAUACUGAAGAGGAGGUCAGGGAAAAGAAGGAGAAGAGUCUGAGGAGCAGAUUGAAGUCGAAGAAGGAGAAGAAGACGGCAAGGAAAUCGACAGCCGGCGAGGACUCCGAGGAUGAGGAUAAGCCGAAGAGAUCGUCGCGGUCUACGAAGGAUGUGAGGAGGGAUGAUUCCGGUGAUGAGACGGAGGUUGAGAAGCCACAGAAGAAGAGUGCUAAGGACGAGGUGAAGGAAGAGAAGGUGAAGGAAGAGGAGAAGAAGGCGAAGAAGGAGGCGGAACGGGAGGAGGAAUACAAGUCAAAGAAGCGGCUCUCGGUCUCGUCCAUCGGGACGGUCAGGUCGUUGAAAGAGGAGAAGAAGGAGGAGGCCAAGUCUUCGGCCACCUCGAUCCAAGACGUCGACAUGCUCUCGUACGCCGCCUCACUGGCCGAGACCAAGAGCAUCCUUGAAGAGAUGGACCUCGACGACGCAGCAACCAUCCGAGGGGGAGAUGACGAGCAGAACGGGCAUGCGAACGGCGUCGAUGAUGAUGCGUCGAAACAGUUGCAGAGUGAAGUCAGCAUCGAAGACGAUGCAUCGGACUCGGCAACCAUUCGGGAGAAGCCUGAGUCUAAAGGCGAUAACAAGGACGAGAAGGAACAGGAUUCUGGGUCUUCCGUUCGAACCGUCAAGCGUGCAAUCCUAGCUGUGUUGUCCCCACCAUCCGACAUGCUCACUCCCCCGCCGACACCUCCUCUUGGUUGCAGCUCGACCAAGACUGGCGACGAGAGCUCCCACUGGAUCUCAUACAAAGCCACCGGGUGUCAAGGAGACAAAAUGUCCGACAGUGACCAGACGGUCUGGAAAGAGACGUGGUCAUCAGGCAAGAAGUCGCUGCACCGCCGUCUCUCGGCCAUCUUCAAGAAGACCCUUGAAGACAACCAGAUGGAUCAAUUCAAUCCAUUGAAUAUCUCCCGUCACGCCUACCGCGACUCCUGGUGCCGUGAUGACGACGACGACACCGAGUGUGACGCCAACUCGAUCCUGACCCUCACCGUUCCCUCGCCGCCAGAACAUAUGGACUACUGCGCUUGGGACACUGAUGCCUACGAGCUGACGCCGAUCGACUCCUGCCGCGAGCGGGUUGAGAGCUUCAACAUUGCCUUUUAGUUGACUCUUCACCCAAAUUCCCGCACACACACGUGCACACACACAUUCAUUCACGGAUCCGUUUAUUCCUUUUGCCCCCCUUUA